AUGAAUCCCGCUGGUGCAGUGUCCUCCACGGCUACUAAUAUACCCCUCCUUCGCCCAGUCUCUCCUGGUCCUGGUCACUCAGACUUCAUCCGCCAGCAGAUUGCGAAGCAACAGUACAACAACUACCACUCUUCAUCUCUCAAGAUGAUCGCCAAAUCCGUGAACAGGACUGCUCUGCACCCAGGCGGUGUUCAGCCUGGCAAAGGACACACGGAACUGGAAGAGGAACUCCACGAAACUGCCCACAUUGACUACGAGCGUGUCGCAAUUGUUGCCAACCCCUCGGUUCCUGCCCUCUACGAAGAUGCUCUUGUCUACGAGACUGGAACGGCCAUCACGUCGUCCGGAGCUCUGACUGCAUACUCGGGUCACAAAACCGGCCGCUCUCCAUCAGACAAGCGUAUUGUCAAGGAGCCAACCUCCGAGAAUGAGGUCUGGUGGGGACCGGUCAACAAGCCGAUGAGUCCAGAGGUCUGGCGAAUCAACCGCGAGCGCGCCGUCGACUAUCUCAACACGCGAAACCGAAUCUACGUGAUUGAUGGGUAUGCCGGCUGGGACGAGAGAUACCGUAUCAGUGUCCGUGUCGUCUGCGCUCGCGCCUACCAUGCGCUGUUCAUGCGCAACAUGCUCAUCCGUCCCAGCCGGGAGGAGCUCGAGCACUUCCACCCAGACUAUGUCAUCUACAAUGCCGGUUCCUUCCCGGCCAACCGCUUCACCGAGGGUAUGACCUCGGCCACGUCGGUGGCCAUCAACUUCGCCGAAAGGGAGAUGGUCAUCCUGGGUACCGAGUACGCCGGAGAGAUGAAGAAGGGUGUCUUUACCAUCUUGUUUUACGAGAUGCCCAUCAAGCACAAUGUCCUGACCCUGCACUCCUCGGCCAACGAGGGCGAGAACGGAGACGUGACUGUCUUCUUCGGUCUGUCGGGUACGGGCAAGACCACCUUGUCUGCUGACCCUAAGCGUCGUCUGAUUGGUGACGACGAGCACUGCUGGACGGACCGCGGAAUCUUCAACAUUGAGGGAGGCUGCUACGCCAAGUGCAUUGGUUUGUCGGCUGAGAAGGAACCCGACAUUUUCAACGCCAUCAAGUUUGGCUCCGUCUUGGAGAACGUGGUCUUCGACCCCACGACCCGUGUCGUCGACUACGACGACGCCACCCUUACUGAGAACACUCGCUGCGCCUACCCCAUUGAAUACAUUUCCAAUUCCAAGAUUCCUUGCAUCACCGACAAGCAUCCCUCCAACAUCAUCCUCUUGACCUGCGACGCCCGUGGUGUGCUGCCGCCGAUCUCCAAGCUCACCACGGAGCAGACCAUGUUCCACUUCAUUUCCGGUUACACCUCCAAGAUGGCCGGCACUGAGGAUGGUGUGACGGAACCGCAGGCGACAUUCUCGUCGUGUUUCGCCCAGCCCUUCCUGGCUCUGCACCCGAUGCGCUAUGCGAAGAUGCUGGCUGAGAAGAUCGCUGAGCACAAGGUCAACGCGUGGCUGCUCAACACCGGCUGGGUUGGCGCUGGCGCCACGACCGGAGGCAAGCGUUGCCCGCUGAAGUACACUCGUGCCAUCCUGGACGCCAUCCACAGCGGCGAACUCGCCAAGGCCGAGUACGAGGUCUACCCAGUGUUCAACCUCCACAUUCCCAAGUCGUGCCCUGGUGUGCCUUCUGAGCUGCUGAACCCGAAGGUCAGCUGGUCAGCGUCGGUUCCUUUCGAGGACGAGUUGAUCAAGCUGGCCAAGCUGUUCAACGAGAACUUCAAGAAAUACGCCGACCAGGCGACGAAGGAGGUCAUUGAGGCGGCUCCCGUUGUGGAUUAA